GACCUCUUUAUAGCAGAGAUAGCUGCUGCCUGGCCCUCCUUCCUGCGUUAUACUGCCGGAGACUUAUUUGAAUUUCAAACAAACUUCAAAAGUAAAUACUGCAGAUCUCUGAAUUCCCAGCCUGAAUGAAAAUCUGUUUUGUAUUCUCUUUCACGUUUCUAUCUCCCCACAUAUAUAUUUCCUUCUUUCGGUCAGUUUCUCUCAUUCCUGUUCUUUCUGUGUUUAUUGAUUGUGGAAGACCUGAGUACAAUCCUGCUAGUUUUUAAACUGGCUUAUGUGCAGAAAAUCCAAAUAAAAAGUAAAAUGUUGAAGUAGAGCUUUUUUUAAAAAAACAUGUCUAUCAUCAAACAGAACGUCCCGAAGUACAGGCAGCAGAAUUUAUACAUGUUAUCGCAACUAACCUAAACAUAGCGAAAAAUUCUCAUUUUCACAUGGGUCACGGAAUGGACAGAUACUAAUGACACUUAAGGACUUAAUGUCGAUCUUUGAAUCUAAGCUUCAUUUGGGGAGGAACUGGCGAUCCGUGGCACAGCAAAAAUGAGCUGUGGUACGAACUGUGCAGGGUUCAUGAAUGGAAUUUGCAGGCUCCGAUCAAAUUAAGUUGCAAACAGUUCGAACUGCAGCCUGCCCUCGGGGAGCUGAGCAGGUGAAGUGUAGAUACUGAAGAAGCCGGAGACGACCUUUUCUCACUUUUAAGAAGAACUAUGAGCUAAUAUUGGUGUAACCUUUCUUCGGCUGCAACGCGAUAGUUUUUAGAACCGUCAGUUUUAAACCUUAAGUUUAAGCUUGAAUGACUGGAGCAGAUCUCGCUGCUGCCUGCUCGUUCGUUUCUGCACUGCUUCACUACAUUUCAGCAGGACCGCACACUGCGUUCAGAACACAAGCAUAUUCUAUUGGCCGAGCACUCCUCCGAAAUAGGUGUAAGUGAACUAGAAUCGUGUAGUUUUUCCCCCUCUCUCUGCCUCUCCCUCCUCUUGUCCCUGAGCGAUUGUCAUGUGAUAAUGAAGAGCAACAAAGCGCUGAAGGGAACUGCAGGGCUCUCCUGCAUCUGCGAUCACAACAAGCCUCGUUAGCUCACACAACACAAGUGUGCACUGCCCGGCCUCUUUAUCUCGGAGCAAGACAGCAAGGAGCUUUUUUUUGGGGGGGUGGAAAAAAAGCCGCAUCUACAACUCUGGCAUUUACAACAGCACAGUUUAGCAGCACAGGAAUUCGUUCAGCGCCUUGGCAUUCCGAGAUUUUAUGGAAUCUUGGGCAGGCAAUUCAGCUCGAUCGUCGACAGUUAUUGCUUAGCUUUCCGGGCGAGCUGCUUCGGUGAAUUUGGUGCUGUCCUCUCGGUUUUCGCAGCCUAACAAAAUGCCUCGUCCGGGGAAAAAUUCCUACAGUGAUCAAAAGCCUCCUUACUCGUAUAUCUCGCUGACUGCCAUGGCUAUCCAGAGUUCUGCCGAGAAGAUGCUGCCAUUGAGUGAUAUUUACAAAUUUAUCAUGGACAGGUUCCCCUAUUACCGAGAGAACACUCAGCGCUGGCAGAAUUCUCUCCGCCACAAUCUCUCCUUUAACGACUGCUUCAUCAAGAUCCCCCGCAGACCAGACCAGCCCGGCAAAGGCAGUUUCUGGGCUCUUCACCCGGACUGUGGCGAUAUGUUUGAGAAUGGGAGCUUCCUCCGCCGCCGCAAGAGGUUCAAGGUGCACCGGUCUGAACACUUGUCCGCCAAAAACUCACAAAUGAUCCAUUAUUUCCAACAACACCACCACCACCAACAGCAACAACAAGCCAAGUUGGGAUUGGCCACAUCGGAGACGGCCCCAGGUAUGGGACGCAUACCCCAUUUCCAGCCCUAUGGAGUCAACGGGCCCCAGUCAACUGGAUUUAAGCAUCCGUUCGCCAUCGAGAACAUCAUUGGAAGGGACUAUAAGAACAUGAUGGCCAGUGGACUUCCUUUAGCCUCUGUAAUGCAUCACCUUGGUUACUCAGUGCCCAGCCAACUCAGCAACAUGGUAGGAUCCAUGUGGCCUCAUGUUGGUGUCAUAGACUCGAUGGCCCCCAUGCCAGUUUCUCCAGAUUACAACCCAUUUGGUGUGCCCAUGAAGACAAUCUGUCACCCGGGCACGCAGACUAUGCCAGCCGUCCCCGUGCCCAUCAAACCUACAGUGUCACUGGCGUCUAUCUCCACAAUGCCUGUGCCAGGAGCCCUGCCGGGCAGUCCCACUCAGAUCUGUCCGUCUUCAUCUUCAACCUCCCUACAUCUAGAUCAGACUCGGUCAGCCCCCAGUGAGGGCAAAACUAACUCAUUACACUCGGUGCUCGUCCAUUCCUGAGGGUCAUCAGUUUUAACAGGGAAAGAAUUGAUUAAAGAUAAUGUGAAAAGUUAAUUAUGCAGAAAAUGUUUUGGCUCGUUAAAGAUUCAUAAAUUGUUCUCAUUUAAACAUGAUAUCAGGGAAAAGUUUUAAUAGAGCAUUUAUAGGUAAGAGGGUUUACUUCCGGCAGACAAGUCACCAGUGACCUAAAUACUAAUUAAAAUGGAAAGUUGAAUGUUUCUGGAAUAAAAUGCCUGGAUAUGAAAAAAAAUAUAUUUUAUCAUUAUUGCAGAAACAUCAUUUGUGAGUAAUUAAAGGUGCACCUUAUCCUUCUGUGUGUUUGUAGGUUUGUAAUAUUCAGAAUUCAUCAGAUAAUAGCGAUGGUCAGCAGUUUCAGGUGAUUUCCAACCCGAGAUGUUGUUAAGCAGCAGCUGCGCUUAAAAUAAACAAGCGGAUUCCUGAAUAUCGAAUGGGUCCCCCGAGCAGGAACAAAAGAAUGAUUUCUAAACUUGCUCGCGAUUAAAGAGUUGAGGGGGGAUAAAAGCUUCCAGCGGGAAUUUGAUGAGGUUUGAGAUGAGAAGAACUAUUGGAAACUGGAAUAAGUGGCACUAUGUAAGUCGACGAAGUUUCAGAAGGGCCGCACGGAGUGCAGCUUUAAAACUCAGUCUCACAGCUCAGAUAACAUUUUUAGAGCACGACGAUUUCUUUUUUAUGACUUCCACAAGUCGCUCAAGUAAGGGCUGGUGGAUCUAUUUUGCGGUCUAGAAACAUCUGAGUAUAUUCUAAGGAUUCUAAGUAUAUUCUAAAUUUGCUUUAACACAGAUGUUCUCAACGCGUCAUACAGUACAUGAGGACAGUGACCAAGUUCCUAUAAGUUGCUUCAGUUUUAGAUACCUGCAUUCUGACUGAUUUUGAACGUCGUUCAAACAAAAUCCGAAUUACGCCGCAGAAUUUGUUAAAUACUCGAGCUCACUGUUCGACCUAAUUACUAUGUAACAUUUACUUUACACACAUCGAUGGAAAACAAAAAAAAAAUCUUUGACAGAAAAAUCUCAUAAUCGUUAUUUUGAAAGUUAUGUCUGGGCUCAGAUUUUAACAGAAUGCACAUUUGAAUUCCGACAAAAUUAGAAGCGGGUGUCUUUAUCAAAAUCCUGCUUCCUGCGACUUUUAGGCUUACGAUCAUUUGGAGUGCAUAGUGCAGCUGAAAUUGUUCAUAGUUUCCGUGGCAAACGCAAGUUAGCUUACAACACAAGGCGCGGUAAAAGAGCGACAAUAUCUCCUGAGAGUUACACAAGUUUAGUUGGCGAGGGAGAGAGAAAUGCUUUUCACAUUGUCUUUGUAAUGGAUAGAAUUUUCAGGUUUUGUCCUUUAUUUUCUUCUUGCCUUUUAUUUUGGCACGUAGUUUGGUUUCAUUGUGAUGUUAAAUAUGGUGUGAUCAAAACCGAGCAGACAAUGUCAUAGCACUUUACGAGCAACAAACAAAGUGAAUGG